GAAAGAUUACUCUUGUCGAGCUCUUGCAACCCCUACACAUUCCGUUGUUUUCCAGAAAGAGUAUGAACGAUUUGUGAGCGACAAAGAAGAAAAAGAGCCAGUAGAUUUGAGUGUCUGUUACUGUUGGUACCUGCUUGUUGGUUGAGAGUUUCCUUGAGGUGUCAGCAGAUGAUGCGUCCCUAGUCUUGCUGGUGAUGGAAUAAAACCAGAGGUGAUUAUGCCUCGCACGUCUGCCCGUCGUCGAUUCACUGCAGCAAAGCCGUACGAUGCGACUGUGGAUUUCAGCUCGCCGCAGUUCAACCCGCGGCGUGCCCUGAAAGCCGUGAACCUGAAGCCGCCACAUCCCGACGUACCACCGCUGGACAAUUUGUCGUCGUAUUUAGCAUGUGUUACCGGACAUUCUACAGGACCGGCGGCGGGUGUAAAAAGUGCCAGUGAGGCUAAAGUUUGCGCUUCUCCCAGCACAAGUACUGGAGAGCAACAUAGUGUAGCUGACAAUGCUGUCAGAUCGGCUGUAGGUAAAGCAUCCAUCCAGACUGCUGGCACUGGCUCAGAUUUGGCCGUGACUAAAGACGGCCAGCCUGUACAAGGCGGCAAGGCUGACGACUCGUCGCUAGCCCCCAGCGGACAGCGUGUGAAGGGCAAGGGAUUCCUGCGGCUGAACACCACAAAGGUGCCAUCGUCUAGUGGCAGUGGAGAUGAGUCGGCUGAUGCGGAUAUUGGCGAUGCAGGUGCAGGUUCUGGCACUGCAGACGCUACCGGGACAGCAAGAGGAAACAAAACGCUUGGCGGUGGCAGUGAUGGCGUGUCGGCGUUAGCGAACGCGAGUGCGGAACCAGCUCAUGCGGACGGCAUUGUGAAGCGGAGUUCCGUAGAACUGUUUGACAAGGCUGGCCCAGCAAGCACUGCCGGUGGUACUGGCAGUGGUGGUAGACAUCGGGGCGGGGUUGUGAGCAAGUACCGGAAGACCUUGGAGCCUUUCUGCAUGAAAGAGGAAAUCUCCGGGCCACUUGCUCUGCUCGCCAAGGCUGUGCAAGAGAAACGGAAAGUUCGCGUUCUCAUCCGCCGCUUCCGCGGUGCACGCGGCUUCUGCGAGGGUUUUAUCACAGCGUUUGAUCGGCAUAUGAACAUGAUAUUGGUUGACGUGUACGAGGAGUACUGUCUGUUGCCAUGGCAGGUCGCUAUGACGGACGUUCCAAACAAGCGCGGUCGGCACGGGAAAUUCCUACCGAUUGCUUCGGACGAUUUGGCCAGCGCUUCGACUGGUGAAGACUCCGGGGGCAUGUCUGCUUGCGAGGGCCUAGCCUGUGAGGCCAAGAAACCUCACAUGCAGAGGCAAGACUCCCGGUCUGAGACAUUGCCAGCCAUUGCCAAGACGCUGAAACCCGUGCUGCGACGCAACACAGACCAGGUCGGCUUGCCAUCCUCCGAGUCGUUAAGCCUAUCGUCCGCCACUCCAGCGCCGGCGCCGGAGAAAAAGAAGCGUGCUCGCAGCAAACACUUAACGCGCCGUGCAAAGGAACAGGCCGCCAUGCUGGCUGCUGAAGAGAAAGCGCAGUCCACAGCUUUGCUGCUAGCCCAGGAAGAGCAAACAGAGGCGGUGGCAAUGGACAUCGGAACUGACAAUGAGUCUGCUAACGAGUCGCAGCCGUUGACAGCUGGAGACGAGCGAGUAGUUGCCAGGAAGACCAGUACCGCCCGCGACCAGCAUGCUUUCACCGCUGUGCCUACGUUCGGUGCUGCAACGAGUGCUGUACAGGCGAGUUCCGUGCCAUCCUGGCCCUCGGCUGAUCCCAUUCCAGGAUUACAUCAUCACCAUCAUUACACACUGCCUCCCGCUGCUGGUAAUCCUGCUGUCGCUGGCGGCCUCGCAGGCAUACCGGGCCCACUGCCAUUGAGGUGUGAAGCUGCCGGUGCAAGCGCUACGACAAACACGGAUGGCUUUGCAGGGUCUGGUCACACACGGUCGACAUCGGCAUCAGCGAUGCCGGCAGCGGCGGCGGGAGAAGUCGGUAGUGUUACACCUCAGGCCAUUCUCUCUCAUCUACUUAGUCGUGUGCAAACUGUCCCCGCAGGCGCUGGCGCUGGCAGCGGGGGUGGAGUGUUAGCUAGCACGGACACACCACUGCUGCGGCGCGACCGGGCUAUCUCGUCACGGCCUGCAGCCAACACCGGUGCGCUGGGUCCACCGGGAGCAACGACGACGACAACGACAACUGCACCGCGUAGCGUGGAGACCCCGAACACCGGGGGUGCGCGACGACCUCGAACCCGGCCAUCACGGUUCAGCACCCGGCCAUCUUCGACGGAAACUGAGAACGCUACGUCCACCACCUCCUCGACUACUGCUGUCACGCCUAGGGCACCAGCAACACCAACCAUUGCCCAACCUCCAUUACCUGCCGAACAGCCACUGCAAGAGGCUCCUCUGCCGCAGUCGCUGGCACCGUUCCAGCCACCACCAAUGUUAUCGUCGCCGUCCAACCAGAGUGCGGACAGCUCAGGCGCAGCAGCCAUGACUGGAUUACAGUUUCCUGCGGGCGGUGCUGCAGAUGCUGACGGCAGUGGCGAGAAAAAGGAAGCACCGCCGGUCGAAGUCAAGAAGCCGCGCAAGAAGAUCGACAUCCAGAAGUACCGCAAUCGCCUGGGUCAGAACCUGUCGCCCACCGGCACACCUGUAUCUCCGGCACUUACCAGUGCCGUGUCCACUCCCACGUCCGGCGCUAGUUCAGCUUCCAACACACCCAGCGUGACCCCUGGCACACAAUCACCGUCGGAUGCCAUGCUCCAGACGUCUAACAACUCAACGACAGCGUCGGCCUCCAUCGGCACUGCCGACGCUGCGGCUACGGACAAAGCUAAAGCGUCCUCGUCGUCUAGCAUGACCACUCCCAACGGCAAGGAGAAGUCGAGUGGCACCAAGUCAUCUUCCAGCCAGCCCCGCUCCGGCGGGGGACAGAGGACUAGCUCGUCAUCAUCAACAACUAAGCCAUCGUCCGCAAAGGGUAAAGAUGGACAGCGCUCCAGUACAGGUAGCGCCAGUGGUGGCAACGCUGCCAGCAAAUCCAGUCGGCCCAAACCAAAGCCAAAGAAGAUCCUGCCCGAGGCCGCGGAAUCUCUCAAGGACCCGCGUUCACCGAAAGAGUCUUGCGAAGCGCCAUCGCUGAUUGUGCCCGCUUUCGCUGUGCGUUACGCGAAACGAGCCAAGGCAGGUAGUGGUGACGGCGGAAGUAGUUCAAGCACCUCCACAGCCAAGCAUAAACGAUCGUCGUCGGGCGACCGGCACUCUAAGUCUUCUGUAAAGCCGACGUCUUCAUCGUCAACACCGUCCCACGGCAGUGCUUCCUCCAGGCCCUCGACUACGACACCAUCUUCUGCUAAGAAAGAUGGCUCGAAGAAGGUGACCCCUGAAAAAGCGUCUUCGUCCGCCGCCCAUUCCCAUCGCCAGCGGCAAAGGUCCUCAAGCGUCCGAACAACGCCGAAGAAGUCCGCAUCUACUUCUAGCAACAGUGCGCCUGCGUCUGCUACUACUGCUUCUGUUAAUGCUGGUACAGAUGAAGUGACUUUCCGUCCGUCUCUGCAGAGUAUCCUUGCACAGAUCUGUGAUGAGGAGAGUGCUACGGCCGAUGGCGAUGCCAAUGCUGCUGCUGUUGCUACGUCCACACCAGCGCAAAAGCAAUCCUGCGAUGACACAGUACAGGCAGCAGUACCUACUUCUACUGAUAACGCUGACAGAACAGCAGCAGCAGCAACACCCUCGUCCUCCUCGGUAUUCGCGCAGCCAGCACCUUCCCAAGACUCGGAAUGCACACCCAGCAUUGCAGUGACAGUAGCUGAACCGUCCUCAUCAUCGGCGCCCGGAGCCCCAACCAGCGAGAGUACGUUCGUUCCGCCGAUGCUGGCAGACCUAGCUGGGUCGGAGAGCAGCGAUGUGGAUGAUUCUGCCACCGCAAAGCUGGCAAAGAAAGCCAGCAGCGCAGUGCCCAAUCCGCUGAGCUUACCGGCCAAUCGUGACAGUGUUAGUAGUAGACUAACUGCUAGCAGCAGACCUCGAACUCCAGUGAGUGCACCUGCAUACAAUGUUGCAGUGCCGGCGGUGGUACCAGCAGCAGCAGCAUCACCGAAAUCACCUUGCCAGCCGCGACCAGGCGCUGUGAGCGCGCCAGGUUAUGUCUGUGUCAAGAAGGAAGACUCGCCGAGUGAUACUGUUCAUGUGAAAACGGAACCAACUUUCGCUACCACCGUCGGCAGCAGUAGCAGUAGCUGCAGUGACGUUUCCACCAAUGCUGUUACUGUAAAGAGGGAAGAAACAGCAGCUGAGCAGCCGGCCGGUGAAGAGGCUACUUUAGAUAUCUUCCAGUCAACGCCCAUGGAGAAUGAAGAUGAGAUACCGGGGCUAGGCGAUCCCAAGUCGUCGCGUGUCUUACCACCCCGCCAUCACCACCGCCACACUGCCUCUGCCUCUACCCCUGGCUCCGGCUCUGUUCCCAAACUGAGCAGCGACAGUGAUGACAGCAUAGCUCCGCCGGCAUCCAUCGUCCGCUUUCCUUUCAGGACGAAAUGCCGCAGCAAGCGCUCCACAGCCGGCGAGGCGGAUUCAGAGAGCAGCAGUGACCCUUCUGACAAUGACGGGUCCGAUGACGAAGAAGCAACAGCACCGGCAGCCACAACGCCAACAAGAAAAGCGAGCUGUGACAAAGCUGCUGCUUGCACGCAGGAAGAUAGCUCAUCGGGAGAGCUCACCGAUGACAGUGGCAGCGAAGUGGAUGCGCCGAUGCCAGCACCAGCAGCAGCUAGUCGGUCCAGCAGUACCGCUAGCAAUCACCCUAGCGGUGGUGUUAGCGCACUGCCCACCACUGCUGCUGACAUGCCGAGCAGUGACGGAGAGAUUACGGACAGCGACGAUAACAAUGAGACGUACUCUGCUGCUAAUCGCACUGCUGGAACAUCUUCAUACAACAACUCAUCAUCUUCGGGAACAGCAGCUAAGCCUGUAGCAGCCAGCAGCAGCACCACGGCCAGUGGGAACACAUCCCCAGGCGUUCGCUACUCACGGUACUGCGACAUUUCCAGCACGGAACGGCCGUCGUACGCGCCGCCCUCCACCAAGGAGAUCAUCCUGCCGCCGAUCGUCAAGUCGCCGACCACCGGGCGUAUCCGACACUUGCCGUAUCGCGACGAGGUCUUCCCGCCCGUCCUCUCACCCAGCUCGUCGUCGGAUUCCGACUCGGGAGGCGGGGGACGCUCUCCGGGGGCGCUGCGACGUCGUACGUGUUGGAAUGGUGGCAGUUCUAGUGCAGUUGGCGCCAGUGGUACCGGUGCUGCUGCUAAUGCCACUGCUAAAUCACCCUGGUCUGUGAUCGCGGGGCGCGGUGCGAAUAGCAUCGGCGGCAACGAUAUGCCGUCAGCAUCAUCGUCUGCCAAUCCAGCAGCCGGUGGUUUAAGUGGAUCGCACUCCUCGCAGGACUAUAUGCACGAGAGCAGCAGUCAUACACACUCGCGUCGCUCCAGUCCCGACCACCACCGCCUGCAAUCCAGACCAAUGUCACAGUCGGACUCCUCUCGUCCCAGUCCGCCGCUGUGCAAACCGCCGCCGCCAGGGUCGGAGCAGCGCGAGUCUCGCAGUCGCUUUGACCGCAGCAUGUCGUCGGAUAGCAGCAGCCGCACAUCCAGUGUGUCGCCCGUGCAAAGAAGCGCUCGCACUCCAAUGUCCUUGCCAAUAGGCCCUGCUGCUGAUGAUGACUCUGUACAGCAGCCUAAACCAAUCCUAUCUGACCUGCACCGCUUUGCUGAAGAGCGCUUUGUACCUUCAUCGUCAUCCAGGAAAUCUUCGCCGCCGCCAUCGUCAUCAAGGAGGACAUCAUCUCCGUCGGUCUUCACCCAACCGUCUCCAGUUGUUGCCUCAGCUGCUGCCAUCACCACAGCCGCCGGUACUGUGACUAGUGGUGGUGUUGCUGUGUCUCCCUCCAUCAGCUCCACCCCGGCGAAGCCAGCGCUUGCCUGGGAGCAGCCAGUGGCAGAUCAUGACAGUCCGCCGCUGGCGACCGGUGCUGCUGCUGGUGAUAAUGAGCUGCCGCGUAAAGACCCCGUCUCGUUCAUAUCCGCCACCGUCUUCACCAGCUCUGCCUAUCAGCCGCAGGCCAUGCUGUAUGCAUCAACACUGGCCACCGGUGCGUCUGCAGCACUCUCUGACGCCCCCACCACUACACCAACACUCGCAGCGGCAGCCAUGGUAUUGCCCGCCACCACCUCUGCCGCCUCCAGUACGGGUGCAUCAGCAAGCCCGCAGCAGCUGGCCAGCCCUGGACAUUCCGUAUCUCCAGCCUUACUCUCCACCACUAACACGGCGGGACAGUCGCCGAAACGCUCGCCGCUCAUCCUGCCGUUCAAGGUCACCUCACGGAACCGCACACUCGCUGGACCAAAGGUACACGGAGCUAGCCCGGUGGUAGACGUAGCUACAACGGGUGAGUGUGAAGAUGGCAGUGGCACUAACAGCGCCUCUGCGUCGUGUCGUGCCUAUGCCGAUACUCCAUCCGCUGGCGGCGGCGGCAGUGCACUUGCAUCCACGUCUCUAAUCGCCGGCUACUCGGAGGAGGAGUCCUUUCAAGUGGACAUUCCCGUGUCGUUUCCGUCGCUUACAAACGAUGGUGGCGCCAGCCAUCGGUCGGUGUCCACUGACGAUCAGCGUACGCGACCACAGCAGUUACAUCUUAAGAGCAUGGCUGCAUCAGCAAUGGCUAGUAGCAGCAGUCAGAACCGUGCUGCCAACACUACCGCCGAUCAGCCUGGGAAACGGAAAUAUUCCGCGUCGUCUUCCAGGUCCAAGCAGCGUCACUACUCGUCGGGUGACUCGGACUAUUCGCUGGACUCUCGCCGCCGUAAGUCUGACUAUUCACGGUCAACGAUAGGAUCACGCGGCGGCGGUGGUGGGGGUUACUAUUCCAGCGACGACGACCGUCGGGGGUCACGGCACGGAGACGCUAGCCAGUCGUCGAGACGCGACUCCUUUCAUCGCGACACUGCUGCCCGAUCAUCGUCACGGCGAGACGGCAGUGGCGGUGGUGGUGGUGGUGGCAGUAGACGUGACAGUCGGGAACGCGAGCGUGCUUACGAGCGGCGCGGCAGUCGGCACGAUGACAAGUACGACGACCAUCACCGUCGCUACGACGAUCGCUACUCCAGCCGAAGCAGCGCCACGAAGGACGGUCAUGAGCGCAGCAACAAGGACGGGUCUGCGUCCAGGACGGCACGUGAGAAGUCCUACGACAGAGAUCGGCGUGACGACCGCGGGCGUAGCUAUGACGAUCACUAUGCCGACGAUCGCUAUAGAGAUGCCGAACGAUCUCGCGGCGCCAGUGAUUAUCACCGCAGCAAGGACAGGUCGAAGAGAGAUCGCUACGAUGCCGACUACUCCACACGCACGGGUGGUGGUGGCAGUGGCGGGGGCAGAGGGGACCGGGAUAGAGGCAGAUCAAGAUCAGUGAGCUCUGACGAUGGACGUCGCGGGCGCUAUGUGGAGGAUGACCGACUGGCCCCGACCACUGCUGGUGGUGGUGGUCAGUAUUCGAAGAAACAGCGCAAGCAGCGGCGUAAGGACAAGCGCAAGGAAAAGCGCCAGCAUUCACCGCCCAAUCAGAGAUCAUUGUCGCCUAGGCAACGCUCACCUAGGCAACGAUCGCCCACACGGUCAGCAUCGCACGCUGGUAGCAAGCGCGCGGGCAGCCCCCCACCUCCUGGUCUUACCAGUUCUCGUCAGCGUGCCGCGACUGACUCGUCUAAAUACCCGCCGGUACACUCCAUACCGAGCAAGAGAAAGCAUCCCACCUCUCCAACAUCCUCGUCACCCGAUCAACGCGAGAAGCGCAAGCAAGGCCGAUCACUGAGCACCAGCUAUGCCACUGCGGUGUCGAAGAGGGCAGAUAAAAAACAACGCUCAUCGACUGGUGCUGUUGUCGGGACAACCAGCCACUGUCAUCCGUUGUUGAAACACCUAGGUGAGUACACUGAUGAUGAUGACGAUGAUGAUGGCUCAGACUCGGACAUCGCACAUAGCAAGGAGCAAGCGGAGAAGGCGGCUGAGACCAGUCGCUCUGUCAACCCAACCAGUGGCAGCUCUGCGAUUUCUGGCACUGCUGAUGCUUCUGUCCAGUCCUGUGGCGGUGGUGGUGGUGGUGGAGUCGGUGAUGCUCGAGAUGGCCGUGGCGAUGGCCAGCGUGCUGCUCGCACUACGCUCAGUGCUGCAGAUCCUGCUGCUGCUGGCACUGGCAGUGUAGUGGCAGGCAGUAUCACUACACGGGAUCAUUAUCACACUGCACAAGAUGACAAUGCUAUGUCAGAACGCAGCCGAUCGCUAUCAUCUCAACGACACGAGCAACAGCAACAGCAGCACUCUCCGUCACGCAAUGGUGCCUCGCUAGGCACGCAGGAAGCGGCCGAAAGCGACGAUGUCUGUGUUCAGACGAUGGUCAUUGAAAUGGAAAUGUCGCCACCGCAGCAGCAAGGCAAUUCGCCUGUUAUUUUACGCGCACACCAGCACACAGACGCCUCAACACACCAGCAACAUGGUAGUCGUCAGCAACACACAGGCGAUACCGCUAGGUAUGGUACCUCACUACGUGCACAGCGUAUUGGGGCCGCCACCACGUCGCAUCUUGCCGACAAUCCUGCAAAAUCGUCGACUUUGACCGCUCACGAUACAACCAGACUUAGCGCAGUGUCGGCUCACACACCACCACCACAAUCAUCACCAGCAGCACACGCGCUAUCCGGUGGUGUCGGCCGCUCAACGAACACUCAGUCAUCAGUACUGUCCCUGGCGGCAAUGACGGCCACCGUGUCUACAUCCGCUCAAACAACCAACGCAACCAGUGGCCAUACACGGGCAAAGCCAGCAGCAUCGCGCACCGCAGCGCAAGCGACUGAAGCAGUGAAGCCGCGGCGGAAGGCAUUCACACCGCCAGAAAUCACGUUCGACACGAGCCAGUACCGGACGGUACGUCGGCCCAAGACGGGCGGGAGUGCAGCAGUGGAUUUGUCUGCCACCACCACCGAUGGCACUGGCAAUGACAGUAACGACGAAGAACUGGAACUUCCCACGAGUGCUUGGCUAAAGAAGUUUGCGGAGCGCUGGUGGCACAUGCGCGGCUCCAAGCUGACGUUCCGCCGUCGCACCGCCAAGCAGUUGUUUGUACGCGGUGACAAUGUUAUGAUGGUGUCCAUCGUCUGAAGGAGAGUCUUGUCCCAACCCUGCCACCAAUAGUGUCGGGUUUGCUCUGCUGCGUGCACACUGCUCCAUAGUCGUCUCCUGUCGGGUUUGAUUGCAACUGCAACUGGUAUGGAUUGUUGCUGGUUCGUUUGUUGUCCUUAGCUUGUGUGUUCAUUGUGUGCAGCGAUGUGUCUGUGGCGUUCUUUGUCCUUGCAUCAUCCGACGUGCUGGUCUGAUUGCGAUACAGCCGUAGAAAUUCUUGCCGCCGCCCCCGCAACGGCGUGUUAAUAUAUUUGUGUGUGCGUGUGUGGUAAUGUUGUCUGUUAGCUCGCCGUGUACUAGUACUAGCACACCCAUUGUUGUUCGUGAGGCUCAGCACACAUGGACCAGGGUAUCUGCCUCGGCCCGUCCUCUUGUUCUGUCUUUUAUUUCUCCAGUACAGCUCCUACAUGAUUUAACAGAUACAUUUCCAAGUCACUUUCAUUCCUGUCUCGUUUCUUCCAUACGUUUUAUAUAUUUUUUAUGUCAUUCUGCUGGCUGCUUUUUAGACUACGGUAUUCUCUCUCUCUCUCUUCUAUUCUCUCUCUCUCUCUCUCUCUCUCUUUCUCUCUCUCUCUCUUUCUCUCUCUCUCUCUCUCUCUCUCUCUCUCUCUCUCUCUCUCUCUCUCUCUCUCUCUCUCUCUCUUUCUCUGAAUCUCUCCUUCUCUAUUUUUGGAUACAUAUUUAGAGUAUUAGCUUUGACCCAUUAGCUACUUAGUGUGGCUGUCAGCAUUUCUAGGCUUUCUUUCUCUUUUUAGUCUAUUUUUGUCUCGUUGGGGAGGCGCCUUGCUGUUGUAGCUAUAUCAGGGCACACUGAUCACAUGCGCACACACACACACGCGCGCGUGCACGCACAUACACACACACGCGUGUGCUCGCACAUACACACGCACACGUGCGCGCUCAUACUUUUCGUUUGCGUAGGUGGUUAGCAGUCCCUUGUUGUUGUUGCUUCUAAAGCGCUGGUUGCGUACCAUGUUCCUUUGUCUUGAGCCAGAUAUCAAU